UUUUUUGUCUGUGGGAUAUCAUACCCGGAUGUUGGCGUUGGGAGAGGCGGGGACUUGAUCGUUGCGUCUGAGCCUGUUUCGGCUCCCCCACCGACUCCUCCUUUACCUCCUCUCUCCUUCUCCUCCAGCCCACCGCCUCCUCCAGCCACCGCUUCCGCCGCCUGCUGUUUUUUUUUUCGUUUCAACGUCUCCACGUCGGCGAAAUGCGGGGCUUCGGGCAAAUCCUCGAGUGCCACUCGCCGUCCCUCCUUCCCUUUCGAGCCCGGGAACACAGAUGACCAUCCUGCCUGCUGCCGUUCCUCCAUUCGUAUCACCCUCGCUUCCAACGAUAGGAACCGGGCUUCCAAAUCUUCCCUGAAUUUCUGUCGGGACGCCUCCUUGGCAGCUUCCUUCUGUGCCGCGCUUGCGUUUGACCUAGUGUACUCGAACGUAAGGAUUGCACCCCCUACAAAAAAUACCAACGUCUCCGACAAGAAAUCUGCACCCCUUGCAAAGGCUGCUGCUUCCUCCAACUCCUUCACCCCCAAAGAUUUGUGUCCCGCCGAGGAAAUGGUGAUCCAGGCAGAAGCUUGGUGUGUCCAUUGCCCCACCGUCACGUACAAGUUUUUU